AUGAAAGAACCUACGGGCCGAGAGAACCCAAAACAGAAGGAGGAUAAAUCAAAUGAACUGGUUUACAAAGAUCAGACAAUAAGGCACCAAGAAGGAGACAAACAGGAUAGUGAGAGAACUAAGGUAAUUCAGCAAAUCAAAGAGGGAUUUUCAUCAGUGCUCAAGCCGAAACAAAGCAAAGAUCAUGAGGGAAGCAACAAGAAACUCUCUAAUUCCCAAGAUGAAGAAGAGAGCCGUGAAAGAAGCAUUAUUGAAAGUAAUGGAGAGGCUCCAAGCGCUGAUGACAGCUCUCCAAGAGUUCCUAAAUCUCGGACAAGAAGAAAUGGCUUAGGAGCUCCUUAUGGAGCUCCUUUAAUAACUACGGUCCUUGUAGUUUUAUUGGAAAUCACUACUUUUGGGCUUUUUAUAGUUCCUUAUCUGCAAAAAGUGCUUUCGACACAAUUAUUUGUAAUUAUUUUGACAAUAUGGGUUUCACUAUAUCUGAUUAACCUAGUUCUGGUGCUAGCAACUAUGCUUAAAGACCCAACAGAUCCAAAAGCGUACGAAUCUCGAAAAGACCAAAGCAUUGUAACAAACAAGUAUUGUGAUUACUGUGCUUCUUAUACUGAGCUCAAGGCCAAACAUUGAAGAUCCUGAGAAAGAUGUGUGAAAGAUUUCGACCAUCACUGAAUCUGGUUGAACAACUGAGUCGGCCACAACAACUACAGAUACUUCUUCUCCUGCCUCAUGCUCUAUACAGUGCUUAGCUACGCCUUCAUCAUUGUUUCGAUCUUAUGAGUGAUCAACCCCCAUAAAAACUCUCUUUUUAGCUUCGAAGAAGUUGUAAUUAUCUGGGUGUCGACACUAAUUUUUAUUAAAGUAAUCUUCUGUAUUCUUCAAACAGCAUUAUUUGUGUUUCAUGUUUUCCUGCUUCUGAACAACAUGACUACUUACGAGUUCAUUAACAAAGAUAGGAGGAAGGUCAAAGACUCUUCAAAGCUGGAAAAGAGCAUAGAGAAGAGCCAGCAAAUAAAUGUAUUUAACUUCUUAGCACAUUAUGAAGAUAGGAAUUCACCUCAGACUUCCCCUAAAAAGAAAAACAUUCAGUUAAAUAAUAUGCCAAACCAUGUUCUGGUUGACUCCCAAGUAGGUCCAAUCACUGAGAAAGAGCCUGAAGAGCCAUAA